AUGUCAUCACAAAUUUAUUACUCAGACAAGUAUUAUGAUGAUGAAUAUGAGUACAGACACGUAGUUCUGCCGAAAGAGUUAGAAAAAAAAGUUCCGAAAACUCACUUGAUGUCAGAAAACGAAUGGAGAGAGCUUGGUGUCCAACAAAGUAAAGGAUGGGUUCACUACAUGACUCAUGACCCUGAGCCUCAUAUUUUACUAUUUAAAAGAAAAAUAACAUCACCUCCACCAGAGAAAUAA